GUUAAGCUUUACUGCCCAGUCGCAGAUUCAGAGGAAACGUUCAGACUGCUUCCACGGGUGGCCGGCGGAUCUGUAAAGAGGUGACCCGAUCCCCAGUGACAUGUGAGAAGCUGGCUCUUACACAGGGAUAGGGUGGGCUGUGACACCGAGCAGUGCCCUUCUAUUUUUGUAUCGGGGGCUAUUUACUGCUGAAAUCCCGACUGAAUUUACUGCACAGCCACGUCCAUGAGAGCCUGCUGAAACUCUUGCGGCAAAUCUGGGGAAACCGUGAAAAAUACUUGAACAGGAUACUCUUCAGGAUUUUGAGUACUACAGCUCUUAACCUAUCAUCUUCCGAGCAAAGCCAAAGACACAAUAGCUGGUCCUCUUCAUCUGGAGCAAUGGACGAGGCCACUAAGCAGUACAUUUUCAGUGGGGGAGAGGGGACUCUGAGCAAGGCCUGUGUGGAUACCCCAGUGCUAAAGGAUACCCCAAGUGACGAACCUGAAGGCAUAAGUUUUUAUAACAUGGACCUCUACGAGUCCAGAGAAAGGCUGGACAUCUUUGUAGAGGAAGUGCCUGUGAGCACGAUGGCUGACAGCCAGUCUGUGCAGGAGCCCCUGGAGAGCCCACAGAGAACAGAAGAAGAAGAGUAUGACCUGUACACUGCAGAGGUGACCGAGAUGGCCAGGCAGUACGGGGUGUGGGACGACAAGGAGGAGGGGGACAUGGGACUCCCUACCCAAGAGCCGUACGUCUUCAUCACAGAAAAGCCACCGGCACCCACCAAGAGAGAGGUGGCAGAGUCCGGCAGCACUGAUUUCAAAAGGCCGGAUUCGCAAGAGGAAACGGGACGUUUUCGGACAGCUGACCAGCGUUUCUCAGUGGAGACAAACGACUCGUUGUGCUUCGACACCUGCGUUCCUGCGUCGGACGAAGCCAAGAGCCCACCACUCACAUGGGCCGGUGCACAGCAGCAGUGGAAAGAGGAGGAGGCCGAGGAGGAAGGGACGCAUCGCGGCGGUCCCGAGCAGUCAGCGGGAGCCAGACUGAGGGAGUGGAAGUGCUCUGAGGAGAGCCGAGAAGACAGGGCCGUGGAGGAGGAGCAGGUGUCGGCUGAGAGCAGUGAGAAUGAGCCUCCUGAUGUCUUCUGUACUGACUGCCAGACCCCCAUCCGAGCUUUCUACAAGCUGUUCGGACCACACAAGGACCACCGAGUCAUUCAGAUAGCGAACGCUGCCGAGGAGGUGAAGGAUGAAAUCCAUAAAACUAUGUGCAAACUGGAAGAACAGAUCGCACAAAUGGAGAAUUUUGCCAGCCAUUUGGAGGAGAUAUUCAUCACAGUUGAAGAAAACUUUGGGAGACAGGAACAGAACUUAGAGCAGCACUAUAACGAGGUGAUGCAGACUCUGACUCAGAGAUAUGAGGAGAGGACGUCUGGCCUGGAGGAUGAGAAGAAGCAGAAGCUGGAGGCCUUGUACAGCCAGCUCAUCCGAUGUGGGAAAACUCUGGACGUUUCGAAGGAGCUGAUAGAGGCGGCUCAGGAACUUCACAGAAAUGAAGACAAACUAAGUUUCCUUCAGACUUUUGUGCCGACAGUUGACAGAAUAGAAGAAUUCAUUAAAUGUGAUCCAGAACUCAAGCUGUCUGCAUCCAUGGACUUUCAGAAUGCUGCUAUAGAUUUUUCUGAUGUCAGACAGAUGAUGGAUUCGAUCAACAUUGUUCCAGCCCCCUCUGCACCAGUCAUCAACCCCCAGGCCCCAAACUCUGCCACCAGCACCUCGGUGAGGGUGUGCUGGAGCCUGUUCUCGGACGACACUGUGGAAUACUACGAGCUCUACUACACACCUGUCCUGGAGGACUCCACUGUGGGAGAGAGCAAGGAACAUGAGGCUUCUAUGAUAAAGGUGAAGGAAACAUACUGCACUGUGACUGAUUUAGUGCCAAAUACACAGUAUGAGUUCUGGGUGACAGCUCUGAACACCACUGGCAUCAGCCCAGCCAGUGAAAGAGCUGUGUACGUGACAGUCCCGUCACCCCCCUUCAUCAGACACAAAGAAAGCAGGAGCUGUCCCACGGCGGCUCUGAUCCGCUGGGAGUCAGGCAACACCAACCCUGUGGAUUCCUACACUGUGGAGCUCUGUGAGAUAAGCAGGGAGAGAACUAACAGCGCUGUCACUGAAUCCAUCGUGGGCAUUCCUACCUGUGAAUCUCUGAUCCAGCUAGAGUCUGGAAAGCGCUAUCUCAUUUACGUCCGGGCAGUGAAUAUAGGUGGUCUCAGUGAAAGAAGUGACUCUAUCAUAAUCCAGACAACAGGUACCUACUUUCACCUCAAUGAGGAAACAGCUCAUCCCUGCCUGUCUAUUUCUGAGGAUGGAUUCACCAUGUUCUAUGGUGACGAAGAGCUGGAAGUAAGCGAUAUGACCUUCAGUGACAACACCUUUGCCAGGUGUGUGGCAAUCUUGGGAGAAUUGAUCCCAGUCAGAGGAAAGCACUACUGGGAAGUGGAAGUGGAAGAGAACACAGAGUACCGAAUUGGUGUGGCUUACCAGGACACUCAGAGGAACGGAUACCUGGGAGGAAACAACACAUCUUGGUGCAUGAGACAUGUGAUAACCCCCUCCAGACACAAAUACGAAUUUCUGCACAACGGAUGGACUCCUGACAUACGCGUAACAACUCACCCGAAGAGGAUAGGAGUGGCACUAGACUACGAAACCGGAAAACUCUCCUUCUUCAACACUGAUCAGUCUCAGCACCUUUACACGUACGAGUGUCAGUUCCUGCACUUUGUACACCCUUGUUUUGCUUUAGAUAACCCAGGAGCACUCACUGUUCACAAUGGCAUUGAGGCACCCGCAUAUGUCAAAUUCUCCUGAGUGCUCCUGCUGCACUAGUGUUUAUCUUUUUAAUCUCGACUGCAUAUGUAUUUUAUUUCAAUGAGUUAGCGUCCAUAAAUAGACUACACAUAGGGCAGCUGCUGAUUUGGUUACACUAAACCCCAACUCUGCAGCCCCUGAAAUGUGCAUUUACUUCCUGUAGUUUACCAAUUAACCUCACUAGUUGCAUAUUAGUGCCGUUAUUGAAGGAGCCAUUCUGACUAUCCUUUUCACCAAACAGGUAGAUCAUAAGAAUCAGAACAAUUUUCUUAAUUAUGAUUACCAUAGUGAUAAAUAUCCUACAAUUCAAGAAAUGACUGUUUUACUAUAUCAGGACCUAGUAAAGAGACUGACUGCUAAAUGUGUUUUGAAGAGCAAUAUUGUAAGACACCCAGAAAGCAGAUUACUAAUAAUGCAAUUUUGUACCCAAAUAAAUGUCUCCUCAUCCA